AUGACGAUACCUAAAAUUAUCGUUACAAGGAAAUCGUGUUCUCCAAUCUUGGCACUACUGAUUGAGGAUAUCCCUGGAACUGAGAGACUUGCAUGUACAAAUGCGUUUAAUAUGCUUCAGGCACACAAACUAAUCGAUGAAGAAUUAGAGGCACUGGACGAGGACUUGCUGCCGAAUUUGGUACCAUCGGUACCCUUCCCGAAUGUUAAAUGGUAA